AUGGUGGAUAAAUUCAAGUUUCAUUACCUCGAUUGGGGUCAUUUUACUGUGAGUGAGAGAGCGGAGAAUGUUGAAAAGAAAAGAUUUAAUGGAUUCAAUUUCGUUAAAUAUGAACUUUCUAAUAUUCACAAUCCAAAUGUGAAGUUUCUUGUUCAAUGGAUACAUGUAGACAACUUUGAUGUGCGUGUCCAACCGUGUAUUUUGAUUGAAAGAAUGAAGGGACAGGAGAUUAAACCGCUUCCUGUUGAGUAUAAUUAA